AUGGGUGCAAAGGGCUUGAUUGCUGUGGGUAUUCCCCCAGCGCUGCCUCGUUGGCUGUUGUACGUUCAAGGCGCAAUUAUUGUCUUGUCGGUCAUUAUACUAGCCUUGUCUGCAUAUGCAUUGUCACUCUUCAGCGGUUAUGGAUAUUCCCCCGGUGGCGCUCCCGGCUACAUGAUAUUCCUGGCUAUCAAAUCCUGGAUCAUCUAUGGAGCUACCAUCUUCUUCGUACUCAAAGCAUCUCAGUUGUACUUUCGCAUCGGCUUACUCAUCGCCUAUGUACUCUCUGCAAUCUUCUGGCUUGCAGGCUGGGCUUGGGCUGCCUCGUGGGCAGCGGCCAUUCUUGGUUACUAUCGCGGAAAUAGCCUCGCCUCCAAGUUUGGUGGAGCAAUGGCUGGCAAUGCUGCGAUCGGUGCUGUUGUUUGGGUACUCGUCAUUGUCAAUCUCGUCUUCUUUAUUAUGGCUUCAGUUCGAGACGAGUCAUCUGCAGCAAAUGUGGAGCUUGGUCAACCACAAAAGCAAAGCCAACCGAUGGCCACUACUCAGCCUACAACGGACAUUGAGCCUACGAUCAAUGCAGAGUCGGCCACGACCGCUCCGUCCGUAACUAUUACUCAGCCAGCUUCCAGCAUCCAGCCUCAAGCUGUUCCUGAGACUGAAGCUGCUACACAUUAG